UUCUCACCUCACCAUGCACAUGCUCACUUUAAAGCCUUGGGGUCUUGCCUGUACCCCCUCCUCAACGCUGGUCCACCCCCUCUCAGGAUCUUGCCACGUUAUUUUUCCUGUCCCCUCUUCCUGUCGCUGGCCUUCCUUUCCCCAUCCUAAAAACUUGCCGAGGCCCUAUGGCUCCCUCCCUUUCUUUCCCAGGCAGCUUCUUAUCUGGGCUGUCUGUACCUCUUCUUUUCCACCACCCACCAUGCCCCACGUAGCUGAAAGCUGCUUAUCCCAAUUGUCAAUCCUGGCCUUCCUUCGGCCUCUGUAGCACCAGACACUGCACCUCCUGAAUGUCCUCUGCUUCUCUGCUUCAGAGGCCCAGGCUCGCCAGUUCUCUGACCUCUCCCGUAUGUCUGCUCAGGACUCUGCUGCAGCUGUCCUCACCGGCCUCCAGGGAAUCCCACUUCCCACAGGGCAGGGCUGUGGGCUGGGCUGAAAAACCAUCUGCAUGGUCCACAAGAAGCCUGGCACUGGGUUUCCCCGUGAAUAACAAUGAAAAUUAAUGGUUGCAGAACCUUCCUGGAACAUGGAAUUUCUCUAGGAGAUUCCAUGCAGAGGCCACUGGGGAAGUGACAGACACGCAUGUGAGUGUAGGUGGCUGCAGUGUUAGAAGGCUCCCAGCAGAGUAGAGAGGGUCUCAGUCUCAUCAGGGAACCCACCUGAUGGCUUCUCAGCCAACAGUCUCAGAGGAACAUAGACUGCAGAGAAAGGAGGGAGGCAGCAGUGGUCCCAGCACCUGAGGCAUCCUGCUGUCAUGGGAAGGUCUCCGCCCAAAUGUCAAAUGUAUCAGCCUGUCACCCACUGGUCCAGAACUUUCAGCUGUACUGGUUGGGGGUGGGUGGUGGAGUGCUGAAUGACCUUCACAGGUGAGCCUUUCCAACUCUAGGGUCAUACGGGUGUCGGUCCACAGAACCACAGUUUUUAGGUUGUGUGUCCGGGGCUAUGGGAACCUGUCCCCCAUGAUGGAUCUUGGUAGAGACACUUCCCUCUGUCAUCGUGCCCAGGAGGAUGCUGCAGGUGACUACCUGCAGCCCUGUUCUCAUUCAUCUGGAUGCCCUCCAGAAAUCUGGGGAGCCAUACACCUUUAGAGCCUUUUUAGCUCCUUAUCAAGUUGGCAAGGCUUGGCCAUUCCUGUUCAAGGCUGCAUCAAAGGCACGUUCACCAUCCUGGCUAACACAGUGAAACCCCAUCUCUACUAAAAAUACAAAAAAAUUAGCCGGGCUUGGUGGCAGGCGCCUGUAGUCCCAGCUACUCGGGAGGCUGAGGCAGGAGAAUGGUGUGAACCCAGGAGUCGGAGCUUGCAGUGAGCCGAGAUCACGCCACUGCACUCCAGCCUAGGCUCAAAAAAGAAAAAAGAAAAAAAAGGCACGUUCAUUCUCAAAUGCUUUUGGCGUCUCCAGGGUGCCUCAGGAAAACAUGAAGUGGGCAUUGUAGAACUUGGGGCUACUGUGUAACUUUGGAAGAAAAAGUUAAGGGUACUUUUAAGUGGAUACUGUUUUGAUGAAAUCGCCAACUUCAGGGAGCCCAGCUUUGGAGAAGGAGGACGUGAGUAUUCCUUACAAGGCUCCGAAACAAUUCUUUCUUCACUCAGCUUUCUUUCUGUGCUCUGCAUCUUAUAUUCCAGCAGGGUCUUCCAAUGCAUGGUUUAAUAACUACCACAACUGGCUGGGUGCAGUGGCUCACGCCUGUAAUCCCAGAACUUUGGGAGGCUAAGGCGGGCAGAUCACUUGAGGCCAGGAGUUCGAGACAAGCCUGGACAACAUGGUGAUACCCAGUUUCUAUUAAAAAUACAAAAAUUAGUCGGGCAUGGUGAUGUGCACCUGUAGUCUCAGCUGCUCGGGAGGCUGAGGAAGGAGAAUCAUUUGAACCCAGGAGGCGGAGGUUGCAGCGAGCCAAGAUCGAGCCACUGCACUCCAGCCUGGGUGACAGGAGACUCCAUCUCAAAAAAUAAAAUUUAAAAAAAAACUACCACAAUAAAUUAUCACCUUGAACUGUAAUUUUGACACCUCAAACAACUUUUAAACUAGUCUUUUUAAAAAGUACACUUAAAUAAAAAUCUGAACAUAAGAGAAUGUAAAGUGAAAAGUGAAAGUAUGUCUUCUGUUCCCCAGAGGUAACUACUAUUAGGAAUCCUUCCUGAAAAUGUCCAUGCAUAUACUCAGGUCAUCACACCCAUGGAAUCAUUUUACAUAGUAUUUUAUGAGUGUUACUUAAUAUACUGAUCCACAGUGCAUUUUCAUGGUCAUGCUGUCAGUUGUAGGAGUGUGCCAAGAACAGAUGGGCCUUGCCUUUGUACCAGAGGAGUCCAUUUACAGUUGCAGGUAAUAGAAAACCCAAUUCAAACUGGCCUAAACAAUGAGGGGAGGUUUUGGCUCCCGAAACUGGAAAGUCCAAAGGUGGGGUGAGUUUCAGGGUUGGGUUGAUCCAAGUGGCUCAGUGACGUCAGUAGGAUCUUGUUUCCAUUUCUCUGCCUUCCACAGCGUCCCCUUCAUCUAUGGUGGAGGGAAGGAGUCUACCACAGACAAACCCCGAGCCUCCCCCAAUGGGUGGUGUGGUGGUGAAGCCAGCAAGAGAAGGGACUCCUGGACACACCCCUCCUCAUGCUUCAUCCCACUGAAACCAUGCGGCUGUGAAAUGCAGCAUCCUCCAGGAGGGGGACAAAGGCUGGGGAUGCUGUCAGCUAUUGCCAUCGUGCUUCUGUGGAUGAGUGUUACAGUUUUUUGCAGGGUUUUGCACUUACAAGGACAUAUAUAUAAAAGUACAGAGUUUUGUUACUGGAAUUACUUCUUACAGUGUGUAAGAAAAAAAUGUUGUUUUUAGAGGAGUUCUCCUGGGAGGUGGAAUCACAUUUUAAUAAGUAGGUGCUCAGGGCUGGGGUGUACUUGUUGCCUGACCACUGCUGGUGUGUGUGGGUGUAAGGUGACAAAACCUCCUACCCCCGUGAGGUUGUUUCAAGGAUUAAAUGAGAUGGGUAAAGCAUCUAACAAAGAUCCAGAUUAUUUAGUAUGCAUCCCCUGAAUUAUUGCUAACAUAAUUUUAAUGAUUGGGGAAUUUUAUCUGUGGCUGCCAGUCCCUUUGAGAGAGCUGCCUGGGUCACAUCAGAUAGCUCAAGCUUUGAACCAUGCUGAAACAAAACGAUCCACUUUCCUGUCUCUUUAGGAACAAGGCUUCGAGGUCUGUGGCAAGCCUCAGCAGGCAUUUGGAGUUCAAGGUUUGUUCUCUUUCUGUGCCAUAGAGGUGGGGAGGCAAGGUUGGGUGUUGCUUCUUGCCUGGAGUGCAGAUCCUACCAGAAACCAACACAACCGAAGUUGCCCGGGAGCCCCCAGAAGCAGCAGCGUGGCCAUCAACUGCCAAGGGGCCAGGGUAGGCCACAGAGGCCUGGGGCCCAGGAGGAAUGGUCUGUGGGGAGAAGGGAUUAUUGUGAACAUCAAUGCUGGGGAUAAUGUGCCCUGAAGACAGCAGGAUAUCACGUUUGGACGGUUGGUGGACCCCAUCUGGUCCCACUCAUAAGGAGAACAGAGGCCCUGGGGUGUGCUGGGACUUGCUUGAGGCCUCAGACUGGGACUGGGUGCUUCUCUGCACCUCCUAUGAGGGAGGGUGUCCGUCUCUGUGAGGACAGCUCAGCAGGGCUGGGAAGCUGGGGGCAGUGCUGGGGGACGUGCGAGACUAGCAUGUGUGGGCCUUGCUCGGCUUGCCCUGGUGCCUGAGAAAAACCUGGUAUUUGAAAAUACACACGGACUGCUGGAAGGUCAGGAAAUCCAGGGUUUUGUUCUGAGGCAGUGGAAGCGUUACCACGAGCCUGUGUUGGCCUCUCUCCUCAUUCCACCUGCAGCCAAUUCAGCCACACUGCCUUUGCACGGAACCCAGGGUUGCAGGCCGCGUGUGUAGGUGCUGAUUUAGGCCCAAGCACUCAGCUGUCAGCAGGAAGGACCAUAGUGUUUUCUUCUAGUUUUAGAUUUGCACUCGUUCUGUGUUUUAAAGUCACAGCUGUGAUCCAAUAUGGGAAGAAGUGAAGUGGCCUCUAGGAGGGACUGAGCACCCUGUCCUUGGAGGUGGCAUCAUGCUGCAGCAGAUCCUGCAUGACAUGUACAUCGACCCCGAGCUCCUUGCUGAGCUCAGCGAUGUGCAGAAGCACAUCCUCUUCUACAAGAUGCGGGAGGAGCAGCUGAGGCGCUGGAAGGAGCGGGAGACUUGGGAGGCCCUGGCCCAGGAUGAGGGUCUCAGGCCUCCAAAGACCAAGCGAGCAGCGAGUGACAAGCACAUCCAAUGGCUCCUAGGGGCAGAUGGCGAGGUCUGGGUCUGGAUCAUGGGAGAAGGCCCUGGUGACAAGCCCUACGAAGAGAUCUCUGAGGAGCUGAUUGCAGAGAGGGCGCGGCUACAGGCACAGAGGGAAGCUGAGGAGCUCUGGAGACAAAAGGAGGCAGAGAUCACCAAGAAGUUCCGGGAUGCUCUGGCCAAUGAGAAAGCCCGGAUCUUGGCGGAGAAGUGGAAAGUGGAGAUGGAAGACCGCAAGGCUGCCAAAGUCCUGGAGGAACGCAUCCACGAGGAAUUCAAGAGGAAAGAGGAAGAGGAGAGGAAGCGAGGAGAAGAGCAGAUUCGCCUCCAGGAAGAGCAGAGGGCGAAGGAGCUCUACUGGACCCUGAAGCAGGCUCAGCUGCAUUGCCAAGCCAGUGAGAAAGAGGAGCAAGAGUGGGAAGAACAGUUGCGCAGGUCCAAGGCGGCUGAUGAGGAGAGGAGCCGCCGAGCCCAGCGCGCCCGGGACGAGUACCGACGCCACUCGCUCCGUGCUAUCCAGAAGGGAACGGUCGCCGGCCUCAGCUCCAUGUUCCGGGAGCUUGGCCAGAGCCAUGAGCAGGAGGCAAGACUCUACCACCACCUCCCCGGCCCCGGUCCGCCGCAGCCCCUUGCCCUGCCGGUCAGCAGGACCUGGGAGCGCCCGCUGCGCCCAGUCUCCAGAGAUGUCAUCGUCCGCUGGUUUAAGGAGGAGCAGCUGCCUCGCCGAGCUGGCUUCGAGAGGAACACCAAGUUCAUUGCCCCCUGGUUCCAUGGAAUUAUUAGCCGAGAAGAUGCAGAAGAUCUCCUGGAGAACAUGACUGAGGGAGCAUUCCUGGUCCGGGUCAGUGAGAAAAUCUGGGGUUACACCCUCUCCUACCGCCUGCAGAAAGGGUUCAAACACUUUCUUGUGGAUGCCUCUGGGGAUUUUUACAGCUUCCUGGGAGUGGACCCCAAUCGCCAUGCAACGCUCACGGAUCUCGUUGAUUUCCAUAAGGAGGAAAUUAUCACUGUUUCAGGAGGAGAAUUACUUCAGGAACCCUGCGGACAGAGGGACAGCCCACCAGACUACCAUCUGUUGUUUGAAUAAUUUUUUUCCUUAUCAGUUGGAUUCGUUUUGGCAUCCUGUUUUUGAACUCAGUUUAAGAACUUCUCAACUCACAUCCUAUGGCCUUCUGGAACAUCCACCACUAUCCAGAGGAAAAAGUAGAUUAAUAUGUCUCAAGGGAUAUGACAUCUAUGGCAUAGGGCUACUGGUCUCAUCCCAGUGAUCAGAACAGAAAUUGCUAAUAGCUCAUGCAACUCUUUCAUGAAGAGCUUGGCUAUGACCUUAGAAGAAAAAGCCUGUUUGUCAUGGCUUCCGUAAACUGAGCUCUUACAGUGCGUGGACCAUGUUUUAAUAAUCCAAAAUAAUUCCAGUGCCGAACCCUGAAUUUAACAUAUGGUAGACAUUCAGUAAAUGUUUGUUGAAUGAAUGGAUGUCUUCUAAAAGUUUUUCAACACAAAUUAGUAGUGGUUUCUUGUAAAUUAUUUCCUACUCACCACUCUAUAAAAUCAUGGCAAUAAUAGAAGAUUAUGAAGGAUUUCUGUGGAGGACAUAAAUGCUGCAUCUUUCAUAAUCUCCAUUAUUACCCUCAUUGAUAUUAUCAUUGGAAUUAUUUAAGGCAAGCCCCAGUUUCCAGGACAGCUGAUUGACACUGUCCUGCCUUCCUUAUUUAACCUCUUCUUUUGCCACUUGCCUCUAUCUUUGAAUCAUAUUUUGGCCCUGGUUUUGCAAUGGUUUUAUGUAAUCCUACAGAUGUCUUCAAGACCUGGGGUGAGUUAUAACUGCAAGAAUGGUUUUUUAGAAAUCUGAUGAGGCCUCUGCUCUCUGGGAUGUGGCCCUCUCUAUGCAGGUUACUCCAAUGAUUAGCUCUGUCCUCAUUGUCCUUUUAAUUCCCUUGUCAACUUAAUCUCAGUAUGUUCCUUAUAUUAACAAGAAGACUCACCCAAUAACUCCUCAAUAACUCUCAGUGAUGGUAUCUAUUGGUGCAUACUUGUGUUCCACAGUUAUGGCCAUAUACACAGAGGUGGUAUAUGAUGAAGAGAAGAUUGCAGUCUUUACAGUCAAGAAGACUUGGGUUCAUAUCCUCAUCCUGGAACUUACUAGCAUUAUAAUGCCUUGCAGCAUUGUGUUUGGUGAGAAGAAAAGAAUGAAUGGACUCUAGGGAUGUUAGGGAACGAUUUACUUUACUUGAUGGCUGUAUCAAACAUCUAUGCCCCACUUCUUCUCUUGCCUCACCUAUUCCUUAGAUUCUUGGUCACUUCUCUACCACAGGCCACUGGCACUAUAACCAGUUUUGCAUGGGUUCUGCUCUUCCUCCCUAUGUUGAUCAGUGUCAUGUGAGCAUAAGCCAAUGGUAGCUUGCCACAUGCCCCAUCUCCCAUUGCUGCAGAGGCAUAAGACAGAAGAGAUGGGAAGUGAAUGCCCCAUGUGGUGAAUCUGGGAUGAAUGGGAGUCACAGGCUGGUAGAUCGCUUUUUCCCCCUUCUUCCUCCUGGAGGAACUAUUCUGAGAGGCAUCUGUUUGUAUGGUCUUUUAGAAGACAGCCCGGCAAGAUCAAGCAACCAGUCCUGAUGAAACCAAGUGGUGGCCGGAUCAGUAUACACCCCGCUGCCCCUGUUUUUUUCUUCUUCUCUGCCUUGCCCUGCUCUCUCCUGUUGCUCUGGGAUUGCACUUCUGAAUGAAGUAGCAGCUCAUAAGCCUUUGCCACAGGCUCUGCCUUUUGGGGAAUCCAGGAUAAGAACCCAUCAUACAGAAGUGUUCAAUAAUAUCAAUUUUGCAACUCAGCUCCAUGGCUUCCCCCGGUCUGCCUGUCUCACUACAUGCAUAAAGAGAAACGAUGGAAGGAACCUGCUUUCUGAACUCUAAUGUGCUUUCAUUGAUUAUCAUUAAAAUUAUCAUUAAAAUUGCCUUAUUUCUAUGGACUCAGAGGAACGAUGUUUUAGUUUUGGCUCUCUGAUUUACUAACUAUGUGACUUUGUCCAAGUCAUUUAACUUCAAUAAACCUCGGUAUGACUGAAAAGGGAA